AUGAUGUCGGAGAACGGUUUGCUCAUCUCACCAAGGGCUCUUUUCCACGUCGGCCAGGAUGAAGUGAGGAAGGUUAAAAAGACGGGCCGAGUCCGCAUCAUCACGGUCGGCAACUCGGGCGCCGGCUUUGAGCUAUGCAGGAUCCUAUAUGACACCGGCGCCGUCGCCUAUAUGGCGCCGUGCUCCAAAGAAAAAGCCGAGAUCGGCGGCAAGGCAUCCCCACAGCCGCCGCCUUCUUCGCCCUCGACCCGGGCAGCCCGCGGGCAGGAUGGCACUGUACGAGUCCCGUCUACGACGACUACACGGAGCUAUACGCGGACCUGUCGCCCGGCUUGA